UUAAUUCAAAAUUUCGUUGGAAUAUAAGUCUUCUAAAACAAAAAACAACAAACAAGAAAUAAGAAAAUAAAAUAAUAAAGAGCAAACAGGAGACAUUAAUGAAAAGGGACUCACUUAAGAAGAAGAAAAGACGGAAGUAGAAUAAAAGGGAUAAGUAGAAAUAAGAAGAUAAAAUGAUUGAUUGCCUCUUCUUUCAAAUAAUCAUUAUCUUACAUCUCAUAUUGCUGCCAAUCUAUUUGUAUCUCACAUGGAACUUUAAUUACUGGCGUAAACGAGGACUACACAAUGCAUUGCCGCUAACUAUAUUGGGCUCGUUUCCCAGUAUUAUAACGAGAAAUCGGAAUCUGCUCUACGAAAUCGAUAGGCUUUAUCGACGCUACAAGCACCGCCGACGCAUGGUCGGUAUAUUUUUUGUGCGUCAGCCGCAAAUCUUGGUGGUGGACAUGCGACUGGCGCACGAAAUACUCGAUGCGAACUUUGGGGCUUUCGAAGUGACAUCGGCCUGCAGUUGGAUGCGACACCGCAGGCAAAAUAAAUUAGACAAAUUGGCGGCAUGCAGCGCGCUGUGGAGCACCGGCGAACGUUGGAAGAGCAAUCGCAAUGUGGCAUGUGCGGCUUUGACGCAAGCACGGCUGAAGCACUCACAUGAAUUGUGGCAAGCAAGUUGCAGGCGUUUAAUGCAAUUCGUGCAACGUAAAUGUGGCGGCGAUAUGCCAGAAGUGUUCGAUACCAUUGAACUUGUUAAGCGUUUUGUUGCCGACGCGCUUUGUAUCACCAUUUGGGGUGUGGACGCUGGCACGCUGACGCGCUCGAAAAAACCGAAUCUGUUUCUACAAAUGACCGAACGCGCGGUGCGGCAAACGCGCAGUUUGCGCUGCUACUCGCUGCUCUCAGCCGUAAUGCCGUCAUUUUGGAAACUUUGGCCAUUUCGUCUGGUCUCCAAGGCGGUCGAAAAUUAUUUCGUGCAAUUCACCAACGAUGCGCUGGAGUGCCACCGAGAGCUGCGUAAUCCCAGUGGCAUGCGUGAUGUGCUCAGCUAUUUGUACACGCAGCAGCACACGGACCGACUGAGUGACGAAUCUCUGACGGGACAUUGCAUGGCUAUGUUGUUGGAUGGCUUCGAGGAGAUUUGCAGUACUAUGAUAUACAGCAUUUACUAUCUGGCAAGAGAUAUACGCGUGCAGUCAAAAUUACGCGCCGAAGUUUUGCAAACGCGGCGACGUGAGCAUUGCACAGAACUCGGCUUUGAAACGCUCAAAUCGCUCAGUUAUCUCAAUCAUUGCGUGUUCGAAACACUUCGCCUGAGCCCCACAGUAAAAUAUUGUCGCCGCAUUUGCAGCAGCGCCAAUGUGAUCAAACUCUCCAAGCGCAAGUCGGUGCUAGUGGAUGAGGGCACAGUACUCUGUAUACCUGUCUAUUCAUAUCAUCAUGAUCCCGUUAUAUUUUGCGAGCCUAAUUCAUUUAUACCCGAACGUUUCGACAAUACUGCGCCGAAAGAGUUGAUGGAACGACGCGUCUUUCUGCCAUUCGGCACUGGACCCAGAAGUUGUUUGGGUAAAGAUAUGUCCAUGUUAAUUGUUAAGGCGGCUAUCGCUUCUUUGGUAUCAGAGUUUAGUAUAAUGACCUGUUCGCAAACUCAACAUGGCUGCGGUGGUGCAGUAGACUCAUUUCUACUUAAUUUGAAUGGAAAACUGAUGCUGGAGUUUAACAAAUUGUAAUAUAAUCGCAGUUAUUGUAUUCUAAUUUAUUU